GGUUGCUGAGGUAACCAACACCCCAGGCAACUGCAAGUGGAGGCGGGAGGGGGCGUGGCCUCGACGGGCAAGCGACGAUAAGAGGUGGCGUCCGCCGCGGCGUUGCGAGCACCGCCUGUCUGCGCUGCCGGGCGUAGGCGGGGUGGCCCCUGCGUCUCCCGCCUCCUUGAAAAACCCGGGCGGGCGGGCGAGCGAGGCUGUGGGCCGGGCCGCUGCGUUUCCCCACACUCCCGGCCGAGGAGCCUCGCUCGGCGCCCAACAUGGCGGGUGGGCGCUGCGGCCCGCAGCUAACGGCGCUGCUGGCUGCCUGGGUCGCGGCUGUGGCGGCGACGGCAGGCCCCGAGCAGGCCGCGUUGCCGGCGGAGCAGAGCCGGGUCCAGCCCAUGACCGCCUCCAACUGGACGCUGGUGAUGGAGGGCGAGUGGAUGCUGAAAUUUUAUGCCCCAUGGUGUCCAUCCUGCCAGCAGACUGAUUCAGAAUGGGAGACUUUUGCAAAGAAUGGUGAAAUGCUUCAGAUCAGUGUGGGGAAGGUAGAUGUCAUUCAAGAACCAGGUUUGAGUGGCCGCUUCUUUGUCACCACUCUCCCAGCAUUUUUUCAUGCAAAGGAUGGGAUAUUCCGCCGUUAUCGUGGCCCAGGAAUCUUCGAAGACCUGCAGAAUUAUAUCUUAGAGAAGAAAUGGCAAUCAGUUGAGCCUCUGACCGGCUGGAAAUCCCCAGCUUCUCUAACGAUGUCUGGAAUGGCUGGUCUUUUUAGCAUCUCUGGCAAGAUAUGGCAUCUUCACAACUAUUUCACAGUGACCCUUGGAAUUCCUGCUUGGUGUUCUUAUGUCUUUUUCGUCAUAGCCACCUUGGUUUUUGGCCUUUUUAUGGGUCUGGUCUUGGUGGUAAUAUCAGAAUGUUUCUAUGUGCCACUUCCAAGGCAUUUAUCUGAGCGUUCUGAGCAGAAUGGGAGGUCAGAGGAGGCUCAUAGGGCUGAACAGUUGCAGGAUGCAGAGGAGGAAAAAGAUGAUUCAAAUGAAGAAGAAAACAAAGACAGCCUUGUAGAUGAUGAAGAAGAGAAAGAAGAUCUUGGCGACGAGGAUGAAGCAGAGGAAGAAGAGGAGGAUGACAACCUGGCUGCUGGUGUGGAUGAGGAGAGAAGUGAGGCCAAUGACCAGGGGCCCCCAGGAGAGGACAGUGUGACCCGGGAGGAAGUAGAGCCUGAGGAGGCUGAAGAAGGCAUCUCUGAGAAGCCCUGCCCAGCUGACACAGAGGUGGUGGAAGACUCCUUGAGGCAGCGUAAAAGUCAGCAUGCUGACAAGGGACUGUAGAUUUAAUGACACGUUUUCAAGAAUACACACCAAAACAAUAUGUCAGCUUUCCUCUGGCCUGCAGUUUGUACCAAAUCCUUAAUUUUUCCUGAAUGAGCAAGCUUCUCUCUUAAAAGAUGCUCUCUAGUCAUUUGGUCUCAUGGCAGUAAGCCUCGUGUAUACUAAGGAGAGUCUUUCAGGUGUGACAAUCAGGAUAUAGAAAAACAAACGUAAUGUUGGGAUCUGUUUGUGGACUGGGAUGGUAACAAGUUCAUUUACUUGGGGGUCAGAGAGUCUUGACCAGAGGAGGCCACUUCCAGCCCUAAUUAGCACCUUCUAGAGACAAGGCUGCAGGCCCUGUGAAAUGAAAGCCAAGCAGGAGCCUUGGCUCCUGAGCAUCCUCAAAAGUGUAGCGUAGAAGCCUUGCUUCCUUUUCUUGUGUAAAGUAUUUAUUUUUCUCAAAUUGCAAGAAACAUCUGGCACCACAGUGCAUGAAAAAUCUUUUACAGCUAGAAAUUGAAAGGGUCUUAGGUAUAGAGAGCAGCUCAGAAGUCAUCCCAGCUGUCUGAAUCUCUUGUGUUUUAUUUCUUACCUAUAAUUUUUCCAUCUUUUCCACCAUGGGCAUUCAGGCUCUCCACACUCUUCACAAUUAUCUCUUGGUCAGAGGACUCCAGUAGCAGCCAGGUUUACAUGAACUGUGUUUGUUUAUUCUGACCUAAGGGUUUAGAUAAUCAGUAUCCAUAACCCAUGAAGCCGUGACUGCCAAACAUCUCAAAUGAAAUGUAACCAUCAGAGACUCAAAAGGAAGUAAGGAUUUUACAAGACAGAUUAAAAAAAAAUUGUUUUGUCCAAAAUAUAGUAGUAGUAGUUGUUGUUGUUUUUAAGUUUUCUUAGCAAUAUUUUUCAAGCCAGAAGUCCUCUAAGUCUUGCCAGUACAAAGUAGUCUUGUGAAGAAAAGUUGAAUAUUGUUUUGUUUUGUUUUCAUCUCAAGGUGUUCCCUGGGUCUUGAACUACUGUAAUAAUAACUAAAAAACCACUUCUGAUUUUCCUUCGGUGAUGUGCUUUUGGUGAAAGAAUUAAUGAAUUCCAGUACCUGAAAGUGAAAGAUUUGAUUUUGUUUCCAUCUUCUGUAAUCUUCCAAAGAUUAUAUCUUUGUAAAUCUCUCAAUACUCAGUCUACUUUAAGUACCCAGGGAGGCUAAUUUCUUUUGAAAAAAAUCUGUCCAUCUACUUCUCUCUUACCUGAUUUAUGUGUUAGAAUAAAUUCAUGAAAUUAGAUUCCAAGCAUAUGAAAGAUGCCUAAAGUUGAUUCUAUGCCCCUUGGAUCCAGGCAGAAUAAUGAGUACAGGUAUAAGAAAUUCUAAAAGUUUCUGUCAUCUUUAGAAAGGAACAUGCAGUAUAUUUCUAUCUGGCUGUUUAGAUAACCCUUUCCUUGUAUUAACUGCGAGCACGGAGCUCACUGUGGGGGAGGUUCUGAAACUCUGCCCUCCAGUGGUUGAAUGAGGAUGUUGCAAGACUUGCACAAAGGAGGUGGUUCUUCUGACAGCAUCAAUUUUUAGAGAUGGCUCUUUUUCAUCUUUCCAAUUCAGUUACUUGACAGUCUUCUUCCCCAGUAUGGUGAAGUUUGUUAAGAGUCACCAGUAACUGUGCUUUUCAGACAGUAGUGCAGCUUCAAGUUCAAGGCCAUCCCUGGGCUGAUGGGCUGGGAGAACCUUACCAUGUGCCUGCCUAUUUCCUGCCGCCUUAGUCACUGCCCAUUUCCUGCCCCCUUGGUCGCUGACACACCUUCACCCAAAGUGCCAUGGUUCUGAUGGUGGCGGUUCCAUCUCCCUGACAUCAGGAAGCUUUUCUGGAUCAGAGCAGAGCAGGGCCUGCCUGCCCUCGUGUCACUGGAUUUCUUUCUCUUAUAAUUAGCUGAAACAGAGUGUUCAAAGAACAGUAAACUCAGGUUCAGAGGUAUUAUGGAAUAAGAAUGAUUUUAUAGUUUGGCUUUUCUAUAUAAUGCCUCCCCCUCAAACUGAAAUAUUCAUUUUUUCAGUGGAGUAUUUGACUAGAGGGGAGGAAGGGCAGAAAUACAGUCUACACUGGCUUUUAAAAAUGUAAAGCCAGUUUCCAACUGAACCCCAAAUAGUACAGGUUGAACAUUCCUGAUCCAACAAUCCAAAACCCCAAAUGCUCCAAAAUCUUAAACUUUUUGAGUUUCAACAAUUUGUCAGAAGUAGAAAACUUUACACCUGACCUCAUUUGACAGGUGGCAGUUACAGUGCAAUCAAAACUUUGUUCCAUGCACAAGAUUCUUAAAAAUAUUGGUUAAAAUUACCUUCAAGCUGUGUUAUAUAAGGUGUAUAUAAAAAAUAAAUGAAUUUUGUGUUUAGACUUGGGUGUACUCCCAAGAUACCUCCUUAUAUAUAUACAAAAAUCCCCAAAUCCAAAAAUAUUUGAAACACUUCUGGUCCCACACAUUUUGGAUAAGGGAUAUUUGACCAAUAUCUGAUUAUAUAAUAAGAAAAAUAUAUUUUCUUUUUUUUUUUUUUUUUUUUUUUUUGAGAUGGAGUUUCACUCUUGUUGCCUAGGCUGCAAUGGCACAAUCUUGGCUUACUGCAGCCUCCACCUCCCUAGUUCAAGGGAUUCUCCUGCCCCAGCCUCCCAGGUAGCUGGGAUUACAGGCAUGCGCCACUGUGCCUGGCUAAUCUUGUAUUUUUAAUAGAGAUGAGGUUUCGCCAUGUUGGUCAGACUGGUCUUGAACUCCUGACCUCAGGUGAUCCAUCCGCCUCAGCCUCCCAAAAUGCUGGGAUUACAGGCGUGAGCCACCACGCCUGGCAGAAAAUGUAUUUUCUUGCUCAGCAGUACUUUAAAAAAAAAAAUUGAAGGGUGAGGAAAAAACAUCUUGGAGAAGAGGACCCAUUAAAACUUUAAAUAUCUAUGGGAACCAUUUUUCCUGAUUUUCCCUUUUUUAACAUCAUGGCAAAGAUGGGUUUUUUCCCAAGUGACGUGAUAAGUAUAACUAAUUUAAUGUCUUUCCACUUGAAUAUUUUAGGUUUGUUUUCAAUACUUAAUGAAUGUAAAACUAAAGAAGAAAAGUCAACCUAAAAUAAUUUAAGCUUAAAAUUAUAUGAACAUUUCUAUAAGAGUUUGUGGGUUUUUUCUGUAGAUAAUAUAUUUGAUCCAGAACUCAAGUGCAUGGAAACAUGAUUUUGAUUUUUAAAAUCUAAAAAAAAAAAUUAAAAUCAUGCUUCCCUCUAUUGCAAUACCAGUUAUUUAGUCACAGAAUGGUAUUUUAUGUAAAUUAAAAUUAGGUGAAUGCAAUGCAGGUAACUGGUUUUGGAAUGGGAAUGUGCAGUGCUUUAUGUUUGGGGAGUUGGAGCAGGGUGCCUCUUCCUCAAUUAAAAGGAAAGUUUGAAACUUCUGAUUACCUUUAUGUUGGUUUCUCUUAUUAUUUAUCUCUUGCUAGAUCUGCUAAAUCAACCCAGCUUGCUCAGAGAUCUCAUACUGAAGCACCAUACAGGCAAUCCACAUCUUUCUUUCCCUUUGAAGUAUAGUCAUUGGAUGGGAUGAGGUGCGGGCCUGUUGGGUUCACAGGGCCUUGCACUGCAUGGGCACAUACUUACAAGCUCAUCUUGUGCAUAGAAUCCCUGUCUGUUAGCCACAGGCCUCUUUAACUGUAUACAUUCAAAAUAACUACUAUAGUAGAAAAUAGAUAAGCUUCAGCUGAGUUGGCUUUUGAUCGUGGAAAAAGCCAAAAUUUGACUUUUUAUGGCCAAAAUUCCUUGUUGACAGCUGUGAUAUCCUGAUAUGAUUUGGGAAUAUAUCAGUCUACAGAACCUGCAUCCUGUAAAAACACCUAUGGGGUAGAUGAUAAAAGUCAUUUUUAAGGCAAGUACUUACCAUGUGACUUUUUAUUACCAAAUGUAUCAGUAGUGGAGCUGGUAUGUUGUUUUAUAGGAUGGAAACAUUAAAAGUCCAGAGAAAAAUAAAUUUUAAGAAAAGGUGGAAAAGCUAGGGUAAACCGGAGAUUUCAGCAUAAAAUCUUUAGUAUGAAGUGAGAGAAAGAAGAGGGAGAUUGGUUGUCUUGCUCGUGUCAAUAGGCUAUCUGUCUUUCAUCUUGGUGUUGCAGUGUUACUUCUGUCAGUUAAAUUAUAAAUAUGUGGUUGACCCAUCCUGUCAGAUGUACCAGCAUUUUUGGAAGAAUUCAUUCAAAUCUCUUAUGCCAACAGAAAAGUUCCUUCUUGUGUAAUAUCUCUUUACCUCAGUCCUACACUUUGAUUCUCUGGAGGAGAUUUUAGCUUGUCUUAAAAAGCCAAAUUUGGAGUCAUCAAGCCUGCUGAACCUGAUGGGGCAGCUUUUUGAACAGCUUUCCGGAAGCAAGAGCUUCAGUUGAAAAGCCCUUUGAUCGCUUCAGCCCAGGACAUGGCCUUCACAUGGCUUAUUCUCAGUAAAGCUUUAUGUAGACUGUGACGCUAUAUAUGUGUGACUCAUACAACUUUGACGUGUUUCUGAAGUAGUUUAAUCAUAUUUGUUAUUAGCCUGUUUGUGGAAAUGCAAUUUUUAUACUAAAAACAUUGCUUAUUUGCAAUGCGGUAUGUUAUAAAUGUGUUGUUUCUAUUAUUUGUAUUAGUCUUAGCCUAAUGAACCUAAUUAUUUUUCUUUCUGUAUUUUUUGCCUCCUUAAAUAGCAUCUGCAGCAAUUGGAAUGAGAAAUCCAGAUACGUGUUUCAAGUAGUACAUUGCCUGAAUCACAAAUCACUUGAUCACAGUGUUGUAUAUAAUCCCCGAUCCUAUUUGUUUCAUUUUAUUGUAAAUUCCCAUUUGCAUCAAAACCUAAUGAUAGUGAUUAAUAAGUAAAAACAAAUGGUGUAUUGCUUUUCAUACAAGUGUUUUCACAAAAACCAUUUGCCUAGGCAGCAAAAAAUAUUAAUUUGUUAAAAAAAA